CCAGUGGAGAAAGCACAGCGCAUUCAGUGUAGGGAGAAGCAGGGACUUAUAGUAAGAGGGAACUUUGUUGCUAGGAAACUUAGAGAUAUUUACAAAAUAUUUUAAAAAUCAUCAAAAUCCCUCGUGAAGCAACAACGUGCCCCAAGGGUUUGAGGCUUUUAGUUUAGUUUGGCCGAAAUGGGCCUCUACAUUCACUAUUCUUACACUUUUUUUUUAAAGAAUGUGUGAGACAGGCAGUUAGCCACCUAGCUAGCUCACUAGCUGAGAGGUGUGACAGGCGGCAGGAGAACAAAAGAAUUUUUUUGUGCUUUGGUCGAGUGUACUGACACCAAGUCCAUGCAGAACGUGUCAUUACCACCACAAUGCCCGUUUUACUUUUUCUGAUAGACACGUCCGCUUCAAUGAACCAGCGCACCCAUCUGGGCACUACCUAUCUGGACAUAGCAAAAGGCGCUGUUGAGACUUUUAUGAAGCUCAGAGCGAGAGAUCCGGCGAGUCGUGGGGACCGGUAUAUGUUGGUAAAUUUUGAAGACGUUCCGUUCGGGAUAAAGGCUGGAUGGAAAGAAAGUCAUGCUACUUUUAUGACAGAAUUGAGGAAUCUCCAAGCAACUGGACUCACAUCUAUUGGCCAGUCAUUGAGGACGGCUUUUGAUUUACUUAACCUCAAUAGAUUAGUGACUGGGAUAGACAACUAUGGACAGGGAAGGAACCCCUUCUUCCUGGAACCUGCAAUCAUCAUCGCCAUCACUGACGGCAACAAGCUGACCAGUGGCAGCGGCGUCCAAGACGAGCUCCACCUGCCCCUGACCACUCCGCUGCCAGGUAGCGAGCUGACCAAGGAGCCCUUCCGCUGGGACCAGCGUCUGUUCGCACUCGUCCUGCGUAUCGCCGGUAACGCAUCGGUCGAACCCGAGCCCCUUGGUGGCGUCCCGUCGGAUGACUCUGCGAUCACCCCCAUGUGUGAGGUCACUGGAGGUCGUUCCUACAGCGUGUUCUCCCAGCGAAUGUUGAACCAGUGUCUGGAGUCUCUGGUGCAGAAAAUCCAGAGUGGAGUCGUCAUAAAUUUUGAGAAGACUGGGCCGGAUCCUCCGCCACUAGAGGACGCUCCAGCAGAGGCGCUGAAGUCUGGAAUACAGCCGUGGCACUGCUGUCACAAACUGAUCUAUGUACGGCCCAAUCCCAAAACCGGCGUUCCCAUCGGGCACUGGCCCAUUCCUGAGGCCUUCUGGCCGGACCAGAACUCCCCAACACUGCCUCCCCGCUCCGCCCACCCCCACGUGCGUUUCUCCUGUGCCGACGCCGAACCCAUGGUGAUCGACAAGGUGCCCUUCGACAAGUACGAGCUGGAGCCCUCGCCCCUCACUCAGUACAUCCUGGAGAGAAAAUCCCCUCACACCUGCUGGCAGGUGUUUGUAAGCAACAGUGCCAAAUACAGCGACCUGGGUCAACCCUUCGGCUACCUGAAAGCCAGCACGGCGCUGAAUUGUGUAAACCUGUUUGUAAUGCCCUACAACUACCCUGUGCUCCUGCCACUGCUGGAUGACUUGAUCAAAGUUCACAAGUUCAAGCCCACCAUCAAAUGGCGGCAGUCCUUUGAGACCUACUUGAAGACCAUGCCUCCUUACUACAUUGGGCCUUUGAGAAAGGCUAUGCGAAUAAUGGGCGCCCCCAACCUGCUGGCAGACAACAUGGAGUACGGCUUGAGCUACAGUGUGGUGUCCUACCUGAAGAAACUCAGUCAGCAGACUAAAAUCGAGUACGACCGCCUGAUCGCUUCAAUCGGUAAGAAGACGCCGCCCGAGGCUGGGAUCAAGGUGCGGUGGCGGGGAGGCGGGAUCUCCCUGGCUCAGCGCAGGGACUUCAUCCAGCAGCUGCAGAGUCUCACGGGAGACAGCCCCAUCGUUCCCAUGGAGCUCAACCCCAAAGAGUUUCAGGGGUUCCACCUGGCUCUGCUCAACAAGGGUCUAAAGCCCCAGAGCUUCAGGAAUCCUUACGACAUCCCUCGCAGCCACCUGCUGGACCAGCUCAGCCGAAUGAGGAGAAACCUGCUCAACAUGGGCGCCUGUGCGCUCCGAGGACAAGACUCAGACCAGCUCCACAGCGUGCCAAUCGCCCAGAUGGGAAACUACCAAGACUUCCUCAAAGCCGCUCCUCAGCCUCUCCGAGACGCAGACCCCGAACAGCCCAAACGUUUGCACACGUUCGGCAACCCCUUCAAGCUGGACAAGAAAGGCAUGAUGAUCGACGAGGCGGACGAGUUCGUCACCGGCCCUCAGAACAAGGGUAAACGACCAGGAGACAACAACAACGUCCCAGGCGGAGGCCCCAAAAGGCGGCGCUGCAUGUCGCCACUGCUGCGGCUGGGGAAGGCCUACACCCCUCCGGUCACUCCACCCGCGAGCCCCCGACACUCAACAGACAUAAUCGACGACGCACCAGAACCCGAUGUCAUCAUCAUCAACCACCUGAGCCCAAACCACUACAGCUCAGACGGGGGUUCUGACGUGGAUGAAAUGGAUCUCCCGUCGGCGCCCCCGGCUGUCCUGGAGAACCACACGCCCGCGGACCCUCAGCUCCCUCGACAAAAGGACGAGGCGCAGAACGGGCGGCCAAGCGCGGAUGAGCUGCCGCCGGGCAGCGAGGACAGAGAGGAGGUGGCGUUGAUAGGUUCGGAGGACCCCGGGUCGCGCUUCCUGUCCCCCGAGGCUCUGAAGAAGCACAUCCACAGCGAAACGACGAAGAUCAACAACGAGCUGAGGACGCUCAUCACCAAGGAGAUCAGGAAACCCGGCCGCUACUAUGAGAAGAUCUUCCUGCUGCUGAAGCAGAUCCAGGGCACGCUGGACACCCGGCUCAUCUUUGUGCAGAACAUCAUCAAAGAGGCGGCCAGGUUUAAGAAGCGCGUUCUGAUCGAGCAGCUGGAGAACUACAUGGAGGAGAUCCACAACAGAUCCAACAUGAACCACGUGGGCCCGCUCUGAGACCACACGAUAAUAAACCCCUCCACCACCUACGACGAGGGCGUGUUAUCCACCAAGAGGCAGACGGAGUAUUCGCUUAAGCGACAAGAUAAGCUCCUCCCCCAUCAUUUAUUUUCUUCAAAAGGAGGCGGGUCGUCUCUGACAUGGAUCCUCCAGAGUGUCGGAUGAACACAAGAGUGCAAUUUCUAGUCUCGAGAAUGUGAUCAACAGUGUUGGGGUCGAGUCUUUUCGUUUCGGGACAACUCAGGGUCAAAAGGGACGCCGAGGAAGCAUCGCCUAUUCGUUAACUGACAAAUCGGUUCCUUGUCAUUUUGUGUUCCAGUCGACUUAAACACUCCUGUAACCGAAGCACUUCACAUGGCUCUUAGAAAACUCAGACUCCACUCCUGAAAGUUAGCCGUCUCGCGGCCUGUGCUAGACGCACCUUUACGACAGAGUAAUAAUUUAAGUGUUGGAGAUGGUUUUUGGGUGUGUGCACACUUGGAAGGGUUUGGGAGAAAAAGAAAAACGCUCAGGAACUGAAAUGAAAUGCAUCAGUAUCAGCAAUAACAUUGGAGUCCCCCCAACUUCUUUUUUGUCUUUGUUUUGUCCUCUGAUGGAGUGUUGACCUGACAACUUGGAUUUAUACCAGCUUAUCUCAAUCAGCUGGUUGCUGCCAAAUGACUUAGCCCCGCCCCCUCCCCCAAAAAAGGAGAAAAAAAAAGUCCCAACUUGCCACAAAUCUCAAAUCAACCUCUCUUCUCUUAACUAUUCUUGCACUUGUGUACAUUUGAGAGUUCUUAUUUAAAGUAAUUUAAUUUUGUUCGGUCAGAGUUUUUCUCAAAUCUACACAAAAAUGUUAAAGUUAGAGACGUGUUGUUGAUUUGGGAUUCGGAAGGCAGCGCUCUUGCAUUCCCUCCCUCCUUGAACAGGGACCAAAAUCUGCCAUACUUGUCUUUGUUUGUGGAGAGAAAGCUACCAAAAGAGUAUUUUGAAUACACUGUAAAGAUGUAAAUAACCCUAGAGAACUAUUUAAAGAGAAUGUUCAUUGGAAAAUGGCCUUUUUGUAAGUAUUUCCAUGAAUAAAGUUUUCUAUUUUACACUGUGAAUGGCCAUGUAAAUAAAGUGUUCUGUAAACAAA